AUGUCAACGGCAACUACGACUAAAAUGCCUCAGAUACAGACAGCAUCGUCUCCAAAUUCCAUAACUCCAACAAGUACAUCAGAUAAUAGUCCUUCACCCGGUCCUUCUUCAUCGGGGUUUGGUACAUUGGCUAGUAACACAUCUUUAUCAACACAAUUGCAUCGUCCAAUUCCAAGAAGAAACACCCCAGUACAAGUAGACGAGGAUACCAAUUUAGACGAAGUCCAACAAAUAGAAGAAAUUCCAUCACCGCCAGAAAGCAAACUUGUGUCACCGAGUGCUCUCUCAUUACCCUCACUAACUUUGGCAACAAUUGAAAAUUCCCGUCCCUGCAAAAGAACUUCAUCAUCUUCCAAUGAUCAAAUGUAUGAAAGAGAUAGGUUCCGUGCCCGCUUGAAAAGCUUCAAUGAUUCCCAAAAAGUAGAAAAACCAGAUGAUCCAUGUGAGGUUUGUGAUGGCAUUAGUCUCAAAACUACUAAAUUAAAUAUAGAUAUCAAUCCUUUAGACACUUCAUCAAUUUUUUAUAAACAACUUCCAAAUUAUCCAUCCGUUAGAAACAUCCCCAUCAAAGCAUUAUCAAUCAGUCAUUUAAAUAGAAUAUUUGAUUGGUAUUUCAAUUCAGGUUUGCCAAAUACAAAAGAAAUGUUCCCUUGGUUGCAUGGAUUGCAUAAAUUCAAUUUUGCGCAAAAGUCAUUUUUCUUACAUCAACAACAGCAGUUGCAACAAAAACUCGGGGAGACAGGUACCAUGAAUCUUAGUGAUCCCAUGAACAAUGAGAUCUUUAUUGACUAUAAUUUAUCAAGACCGACGGAUAUCCGAUUCUUAAUGUGUGUUUCUGAUGGCUCUAUUCCUAUGGGAUUACACAAUACAGUACAGUUGCCUGAAAUACUAACCAAAAUUGAUGUCUCAAAGUCGGAAAUCAAAGAUAUCGUUAGGAAAAUAUGGUCUGCUGAUCAGAGUGGACAUGACGAAAAUUCCGAAUCCUUAAUUGAUUUGUUGGUGUUGGAUUGUUUGAAAUUGAAUGUGUUGCCAAUUUUCUUGAACUUGGACCCUGAGAGAGGUAUUUCAUUGCGCAAUUUCCAGAUUCAAGUUGCCAAGUUGUCGACAUGCUCGGAUUUUAUCAUCUAUGGUACCAACACGGACAUGUUGGAAUCAAUUGCUAGAAUUAUUUGGUUAGCUCAACGAUACGAACACCAACAAAGAAUCCUUGAAUUGCAAGAAUUGGGUGACGACAGCCAGAGUAAAAUACCACCUACUUAUAGUAUUUUCAUUUUGAAAGAUGAUCUAUCUAAAUAUUAUAAAGUGAUGGAGUCACCAAUUUCGACAAAUCCAUUAAAGGCAUUUGCAAACAUAUCUAGAAUUGACACAACUCCUUUGACUUUCAAAUCAAAUAACCAAUAUCUUUUAAAUGACUACAACUUGCCAUUGUAUGAGAAGAUCGAAACCAUUAGGAUGUCAUCUGCCACAAAAAUAUUUCAAAAUGUUUGGGUGGGUAACUUCUGGGACCAUCAAAUUAUGUUGAAUAACAUUCUAGAACAGAAACUUGCUAAUAUUGAUGGUAGCAAUUUGAAAGAUAACUAUUGUAAUCCCCACAAUUCAGUCGUUUCAAAGGAAGAACCUAUUUUAGAAUUAUUACCACAACCCAAGGCUACUUGGAAAUUAUUUAUUAGAUGUCAUGGAGAAGCAACAUUCCCGGAUUUGGACGACUUAGCACAAUUGUUAUUCAAGUACACUAUUUCGUCACAUGAUGACUCAGAUGAUUUCCACCAUUUAGAAUUCCCACCUCUGGGGUCGAUUGGUAUCGGUGAUUGUAAAGGGGAAAAUUUGCAGCUGAUUAUCAAUACCUGCAAAUUAAUCUAUUUGUAUUCUUCCCUGAAUGCCAUAACCGGUUUGAGUACAUUAAUAUAUUGUACUGAUGGAUACACCGAACUGUCAUUGUUAAUAUUCUGUUAUUUGAUGUACUCUUUGGAUGUUUCUUUGGAUGAAGCUAUGUUGAGCUUACAUAUGACCUAUGGUAGACCAUUUUAUAUUUUCAACAGUGAUGUUAUCAUAUUACGAAAAUUGGAACCAUUGUUGAGAAAAUUCAGUCCCAAAUCAAGACAGGUGUUGGACUGGGCCAAUUUGGAAACUUUAACUGCCCAAGAGAUUAAUGAACUAUUAUUAGGAAGUCCAAAGAAAACAAACAACAGCAUGAAGUUGGGUUUUAUCCACAAUUCAGACGAUGAAGAUGAUGUCACUUCAGAUGACAGCACGUCUUCUUCGGAUUAUGGAGAUGGGAAUACCCCGUACCUACAAACUAACUGGGUAGAAGAAGUUGAAGGGUCAAUUCCUUCAAAGAUUCUACCACAUUUGUAUCUUGGGUCGCUUAAACAUGCUCUGUGUUUGCCAUUGUUGAAUCGAUUGGGAAUAAAGAAAAUCAUUUCCGUUGGAGAAACACUUCCGUGGUUAAAUGGUUAUAAAUUUGAAAGACACAAUGAUAUCACUAUGGAAGAAUCAUCGGAUGGAAACAUUGAAACCUAUCAUAUUUCACCAAAGGAUCCAUCACGUUCACAUCCACGUACGACUACAAUAGAUACUGUUAUGAAGGUUAAUAAUUUAGAAGAUGAUGGGAUCGAUGAGUUGAGUCAAAGAUUACCAGAAAUUCUAAAAUUUAUCAAUGAUGAAUAUACCAAGACGAAAGGAGAGACAAAAAUUUUAGUUCAUUGCCGUGUUGGUGUCAGUCGAAGUGCAACAGUUGUCAUUGCCGAAGUCAUGAAAAGAUUAAAUAUUAACCUUCCAAUGGCUUACAUAUAUGUUAGAGUUCGAAGAUUGAAUAUCAUUAUUCAACCAAAUUUAAGAUUUAUGUAUGAACUCUUCAAGUGGGAAGAGCAAGAAAAAUUAAAGAAUGGGAAGAGUUUAAGUAGUGAUUCAUUUAAGGACAGGUCGAUUUAUUUAAGAGAGAUUGAUUGGUUUAUUAUGUGUCGUGAAAUUACGAAAUUGAACACACCAUAUCUCAAUAAUUCAUGA